AUGCAGCCCCCGCGGCUGCCGCUGCUGCUGCUGCUGAAAUCCGUCCUCUGUCUCAGCCUUUCACCUCCCAGGAGGCUGCCCUGCGGGAACUUCUCUGGACCCUGUGCCAACGGAGGCACCUGCCUGAGCCUGUCCCUGGGCCGAGGCACCUGUCAGUGUGCUCCUGGCUUCCUGGGGGUGACAUGCCAGUUCCCUGACCCCUGCCAGGAUGCCCGGCUCUGCCAGAACGGGGGCAGCUGCCAAGCCCUGCUUCCUGUCUCACCAGCCUCCCCCAGCGCCCCCUCUCCCUUGACCCCCAGCUUCCUCUGUACCUGCCCCUCUGGCUUCACUGGUGAGAGGUGCCAGGCGCAGCUCAAGGACCCCUGUUUCUCCUUCUGUUCCAAAAUGGGCCACUGCCACGUCCAGGCCUCGGGACGCCCCCAGUGCUCCUGCUUGCCUGGGUGGACAGGUGAGCAGUGCCAGCUCCGGGACUUCUGCGCCAACAACCCCUGCAUGAACGGAGGGGUGUGUCUGGCCACCUACCCCCAGAUCCGCUGCCGCUGCCCACCUGGCUUUGAGGGCCACGCCUGCGAACACGAUGUCAACGAGUGUUUUCUGGACCCGGGACCCUGCCCCAAGGGUGUCAUCUGCCACAACACCCUGGGGUCCUUCCAGUGCCUCUGCCCCGCUGGGCGGAAAGGUCCAGGCUGCAAGCUCAGGCCAGGACCCUGUCCCCCAACAGGCUGUCCCAAGGGGGGCACCUGCCAGCUGGUUCCAGAGAGAGACUCCACCUUCCACCUCUGCCUCUGCCCCCCAGGUCUCACAGGCCCAGGCUGCGAGGUGAAUCCAGAUGACUGUGUCGGGCACCGAUGUCAGAAUGGGGGCACUUGCCAGGAUGGACUGGGCACCUACACCUGCCUCUGCUCAGAGGCCUGGACAGGCUGGGAUUGCUCUGAAGAUGUGGACGAAUGUGAGCCCCAGCGUCCCCCUCGCUGCAGAAACGGGGGCACCUGCCAGAACUCCGCUGGCGGCUUCCACUGCGUGUGUGUGAGAGGCUGGGGGGGCCUGGGCUGCGAGGAGAACCUGGACGACUGCGCGGCUGCCACCUGCGCCCCAGGGUCCACCUGCAUCGACCACGUGGGCUCCUUCUCCUGCCUCUGCCCUCCUGGCCGCACAGGCCUCCUGUGUCACGUGGAGGACGGGUGUCUGCACCAGCCCUGCCACCAGGAAGCCCAGUGCAGCGCCUUGAUGGGCGCCACGCUGUGCCUGUGUCAGCCCGGCUACACAGGGCCCACCUGCCACCAGGACCUGGACGAGUGCCAGAUGGCCCAGCAAGGCCCCAGCCCCUGCGAACACGGCGGCUCCUGCCUCAACACCCCUGGCUCCUUCGACUGCCUCUGUGCCCCUGGCUACACGGGCUCCCGCUGCGAGGCCGACCACGAUGAAUGCCUGUCCCAGCCCUGCCGCCCGGGCAGCACCUGCCUGGACCUGCUUGCCAGCUUCCACUGCCUCUGCCCACCAGGCUUGGAAGGGCCGCUGUGUGAGCUGGAGAUCGACGAGUGUGCCUCGGCUCCUUGCCUGAACCAGGCUGACUGCCGGGACCAGCUCAAUGGCUUCCAGUGCGCCUGCCUGCCUGGAUUCACGGGCUCCCGGUGCGAGCAGGAUAUCAACGAGUGCGGCAGCUCUCCCUGUGCCAACGGUGGGCAGUGCCAGGACCAGCCUGGGUCCUUCCAUUGUGAAUGUCUCCCAGGCUUCGAAGGCCCGCGCUGCCAAGCGGAGGUGGACGAGUGUCUGAGUGGCCCAUGCCCCACGGGCGCCAGCUGCCUUGACUUCCCAGGAGCCUUCUUUUGCCUCUGCCCCUCCGGCUUCACAGGUCAUCUCUGUGAUGUUCCCCUAUGCGCCUCCAACCUAUGCCAGCCCAGGCGAAACUGCCAGCGUCAGGAGGAUGAGGCCCGCUGCCUCUGCCCCGACGGCAGCCCUGGCUGCGCCCCCCCUGAGGACGGCUGCACCUGCCAGCACGGGCACUGCCAGAGAUCAUCAUGUGUGUGUGACGUGGGUUGGACGGGACUAGAGUGUGAGGCAGAGCUGGGGGGCUGCGUCUCCACGCCCUGUGCCCAUGGGGGGACCUGCCACCCCCAGCCCUCUGGCUACAACUGCACGUGCCCCACAGGCUACACAGGGCCCGCCUGCACGGAGGAGGUGACAGCCUGUCACUCGGGACCCUGUCUCAAUGGUGGCUCCUGCAGCCCCAGCCCUGGGGGCUACUCCUGCACCUGUCCUGCAGGCCACACCGGCCCCCGCUGCCAGAGCACCGACCGCUGUGCCUCCGCCCCGUGCCUCAAUGGGGGCACCUGUGUGAACAGGCCUGGCACCUCCUACUGCUUCUGUGCUACUGGCUUCCAGGGCCCACGCUGUGAGGGAAGGAGCCGUCCCAGCUGUGCAGACAGCCCCUGCAGAAACGGUGCUACUUGCCAAGAUGGGCCCCAGGGUCCCCGCUGCCUCUGCCCUGCCGGCUACACAGGAGGCAGCUGUCAGACUCUGAUGGACCUGUGUGCCCAGAAGCCCUGUCCACCCAAGGCGCACUGCCUCCAGACUGGGCCCUCCUUCCAGUGCCUGUGCCACCAGGGAUGGACUGGGCCUCUCUGUGAAGUCCCGCUGUCCUCCUGCCAGAAGGCUGCCCAGAGCCAAGGCACAGAAGUAUCUUCCCUGUGCCAGAAUGGGGGCCUCUGCAUUGACAGUGGCCCCUCCUAUUUCUGUCACUGUCCCCUUGGAUUCCAAGGCAGUAUGUGCCAGGACAGGGUGAACCCAUGCCAGUCCAGGCCCUGCCAGCAUGGGGCCACCUGCAUGGCCCAGCCCGAUGGGUAUCUCUGCCAGUGUGCCCCAGGCUACAAUGGACAGAACUGCUCAAAGGAAACCGAUGCUUGUCAAUCCCAGCCCUGUCACAACCACGGGACCUGCACCCCCAAACCUGGAGGCUUCCACUGCGCCUGCCCUGCAGGCUUUGUGGGGCUGCGCUGCGAGGGGGACGUGGACGAGUGCCUGGACCAGCCCUGCCACCCCCCAGGCACUGCAGCCUGCCUCUCCCUAGCCAAUGCCUUCUACUGCCGGUGUCUGCCUGGGCACACAGGCCAGCUGUGUGAGGUGAGGGUAGACCCCUGCCAGAGCCAGCCCUGCUCCCAUGGAGGCUCCUGUGAGGCAGCAGCAGGACCACCCCCGGGUUUCACCUGCCACUGCCCCCAGGGUUUUGAAGGCCCCACCUGCAGCCACAGAGCCCCCUCCUGCGGCCUCCAUCACUGCCACCACGGUGGUCUGUGUCUGCCCUCCCUGAAGUCUGGCUUCCCACCUCGCUGUGCCUGCCUCGGUGGCUAUGGGGGCCCUGACUGCCUGACGCCACCCAGUCCUCCAGGCUGUGGCCCUCCUUCUCCUUGCCUACACAAUGGCAGCUGCUCAGAGACCUCCAAGCUGUGGGGCCCAAGCUUUCGAUGCUCCUGCCCUCCCAGCUCCCCAGGGCCCCGGUGCCAGAAGCCUAGAGCCAAGGAAUGUGAGGGCAGAGGUGGAGAUGGAGCCUGUGAUGCUGGCUGCAGUGGGCCAGGAGGAAACUGGGAUGGGGGGGACUGCUCCCUGGGAGUCCUGGACCCCUGGAAGGGCUGCCCCUCCCACUUCCACUGCUGGCUUCUCUUCCGGGAUGGGCAGUGCCACCCGCAGUGUGACUCUGAAGAAUGUUUGUUUGAUGGCUUUGACUGUGAGGCUCCUCCAGCCUGCAACCCAGCCUAUGACCAGUUCUGCAAGGAUCACUUCCACAAUGGGCACUGUGAGAACGGCUGCAACACUGCGGAAUGUGGCUGGGAUGGAGGUGACUGCAGGCCUGCAGAUGGGGACUCAGCCUGGGGGCCUUCCCUGGCCCUGCUGGUGGUGCUCAGCCCCCCCGCCCUGGACCAGCAGCUGCUUGCCCUGGCCCGGGUACUGUCCCUCACUCUGAGGGUGGGGCUCUGGGUGAGGAAGGAUAGUGAUGGCAGGGACAUGGUGUACCCCUAUCCUGGGGCCCAGGCUGAAGAAGAGCUAGGAAGAAUCCCAGACCCCUCUCAUCAGGAUACAGCAGCCCCUCAAACACAGCCUGUGGGCAAAGAGACAGACUCCUUCAGCACAGGGUUUGUGGUGGUGAUGGGUGUGGAUUUGUCCCGCUGUGGCCCUGACCACUCUGCGUCCCGCUGUCCCUGGGACGUUGGGGUCCUGCUCCGCUUCCUUGCUGCCAUGGCUGCAGUGGAGGCCCUGGAGCCCCUACUGCCGGGACCCCUGCUGGCUGCCCACCCUCGUGCAGGCACCGUGCCCUCAGCCAACCAGCUUCCCUGGCCUGUGUUGUGCUCGCCGGUGGCUGGGGUGCUUCUCCUGGCCCUCGGGGCCCUUCUUGUCCUCCAGCUCAUUCGGAGGCGGCGCCGAGAGCAUGGGGCCCUCUGGCUUCCCCCUGGGUUCACUCGAAAGCCUCGGACUCAGCCAACUCCCCGCCGACGCCGGCCCCCACUGGGCGAGGACAGCAUCCACCUCAAGGCACUGAAACCAGAGGCUGAAGUGGAUGAGGAUGGAGUUGUGAUGUGCUCAGGCCCUGAGGAAGGAGAGGAGGUAGGCCAGGCUGAAGAAAUGGCCUCAGCCUCCAAGUGCCAGCUCUGGUCUCUGAGUGGUGACUGUCGGGAGCUCCCCCAGGCAGCCAUGCUGACUCCUCCGCAGGACAAUGAGAUGGAUGUCCCCGAUGUGGACACUCAUGGACCUGAUGGAGUGACACCCCUGAUGUCAGCAGUCUGCUGUGGAGGAGUGGAGUCCAGGACCUUCCCGAGGGCAUGGCUGGAAAGCUCUGAGCCCUGGGAACCUCUGUUAGAUGGAGGGGCCUGUCCCCAGGCUCACACUGUGGGCACUGGGGAGACCCCUCUGCACCUGGCUGCCCGAUUCUCCCGGGCAACUGCUGCCCGCCGCCUCCUUGAGGCUGGAGCCAACCCCAACCAGCCAGACAGAGCAGGGCGCACCCCUCUUCACACUGCAGUGGCUGCUGAUGCUCGGGAGGUCUGCCAGCUCCUACUCCGCAGCAGACAGACUGCAGUGGAUGCCAGAACAGAGGAUGGGACCACGGCCCUGAUGCUGGCUGCCAAGCUGGCAGUGGAGGACCUGGUUGAAGAACUCAUUGCAGCCCAGGCGGAUGUGGGGGCCAGAGAUAAGUGGGGAAAAACUGCUCUGCACUGGGCCGCCGCCGUGAACAAUGCCCGGGCCGCCCGUUCCCUUCUCCAGGCCGGAGCCGAUAAAGACGCCCAGGAUGGCAGGGAGCAGACCCCACUGUUCCUGGCUGCCCGAGAGGGGGCGAUGGAGGUAGCCCAGCUGCUGCUGGGGCUGGGGGCGGCUCGCGGGCUGCGAGACCAGGCCGGACUGGCGCCCGCGGACAUCGCCCGUCAGCGCAACCACUGGGAUCUGCUGAUGCUGCUUGAGGGGGCGGGGCCAGCGGAGCCGCGUCCCAAAGCCACGCCGGGCCGAGGGGCGGGCGUCUUCGCGCGUGCGCGGACCGCCUCGGGGAGCGUGCCGCCGUGCGGGGGCGGGGCUCUGCCGCGCAGCCGGACGCUGUCAGUGGGAGCAGCCCCGCGUGGGGGCGGAGCAGGUCUGCAAACACGGACUUCGUCCGUAGACUUGGCCUCGCGUGGAGGCGGGGUCUAUUCUCAGUGCCGAAGCCUCCCGAAGGGAGCCGGAGGUGGCCCGCCCCGCCGCGGCCGAAGCUUUUCUGCCGACAUGCGUGGGCCGAGGUCCAACCGUGCAAUAGUGCAAGGAAGAUCCGGGGUCGCAGCCGGGAGCGGGGGCGUGGCCUCAGCUGACUGGCCCUGUGAUUGGGUGUCCCUGGGAGCCUGCGGUCCCGCCUCCAGCACUCGGAUCCCGCCUCCUUGCCUUACUCCGUCCCCAGAGCGGAGAUCGCCUCAAGUCGCUUGGGGUCCCCCAGCCCACCAAGUAAUACCCUUAAAUGCAGUAAGCGAAGGUCAAAAGUAGAAGGCUGAUGGGAGGGUGGGAUUCUUAAAGCGAGUACCCAUUAAAUGACAGUUUGGGAGUCCUCCGGAUUUUAAACUUCUCGAACCCCAAAAGUAGGAGAUCGGGAAUAUAGCGUCUCUCCCAAAAAGAGUUUAUGCCCACUCACAACCGUUAUCGUCUUCCACGCGGAGAAGAUGCAACUCUGGAGAGGGUUUAGGUGCUGGGAUGAAGUGGGCCCAGCCCCUCCCAGAAAGUAAGGGUGAGGGGCUACAGGAGGGUGGUGUGGAUUGAGCUAAGUACCCUGGACUGGAACUAAAAAUAGGAUGUAAGAGGUUCUUUCCUGUAAAGUAUAUGGUUCCCAAGGGGAACCUUUGUAUCACCUCCCCCCCUACCUACAAACGGUUGACAAAUAUUUAUUUAACCACCUUCUAUGUGCCAGGCACUGUCGGUGCUGGGUGGGGGUUGCGCCAAGGGCCACUCCAGCUGAUGACUCCUUGCAUUCUCACCACCCCCAAACAAACCACUGCAGGGAUGAAGCACCAUUCUUCUAGCUACUGCUAUCUCUAUUUAAGAACCCCAAAUCUGUCACCAGCUAAGAGAGCUGAUAGAGUGUUGCCUUCUUUUGGAGGGUUUGGGGAAUGCAAUGGAAAAAAUAUGGGAGUGACUGCGUUGUCUUCAAAAUUUUGUGUCGAUUUGGAUAGAGACUUUCCGUAUAGUUUAAGAGCAAGAAUAAGAUUUGAGAGUCCUAUGUUAAUUUAGGGAAUCAUCUGAAAGCAAGUCUAGUAGCCCAAGGAGAAGCCACACACUGUCUUCUAAGGACAUCUCAGAGCCUAAGUCUCUCGAAAGGAGCCGGAGGUGGCCUGCCCCACCGUGGCGGAAGCCACUUAAGAGACUCCCAAGGGCUCAAGUUAGGUAGAGGAGGAGGGAGACACCAUCUCAAACUCAGUCCACCUUUCAGCUACAACUCUUUCGUGGUGAUGAUGUGCCUGAGACCAGGGAUGAGGCAUUUUGAAAGCUAAGGGGGCAUACCUCAUUUUAUUGUGCUUCACUUUGUUGCGCUUUGCAGAUAAAUGUUUUUCAUUAACAUUGAAGCAAAGACCCUCUACCAACAAAAAAAUUAUGACUCACUGGUUAGCA